CUUCAAGGGAAGUGUUGCGACUUUAUUCACUGGACCCAGGACCUGAUUCCUGGGAAAAGGGAAACAAAACAUCCAUCAGUAUGAGAGACCUUCAGCCCCCACCCAUCCAGGUCAGAGUCACAGCGCACUUAAUUCCCAUGCACAGAACCACAUCUAUGACCACACUCACACAGAGGCUAUAGGGACAGGCUGUUUGUGUAACUUUCUUGGCAUUCUUCAGGAAACUGAUAAAACUGCAGACUCACACUAAAUAUGAGCUUCCUUGUUUGUUAGAAAGUUCAGACUGAGUACAAUACAUGACCCCUGAGGCAUCAACCUGUGACAUACUGUAGUCUUUCCCGGCUGCUACUGCUGCGCUGUAGUUCACCGGAGAAUACAAAAGCAGGCACUUCGCACAGCCCUGAUUAGAUGGUGCAGGCUGUCAAACAUCUACACAGGAGCUCUCACUCGAUUCACAGGGCCAGUUAGGAGAAUGCUGAAGAGUAAAAAAGUGUGGUGGCUGACAGCCAUAUUAAUGCUUAUAUCUGACUGGAGUCAGUGUGUCAAGCCACAAGAAAUUACAGUGGAUCCUCCUGAGAACGUUGGUGUUGAUGACCUUGGCCACCUUGGGCAGCUCGACAUCCACUGGACGUCUCCUGCCAGCCUGACCAACCUGACUGACUGCUCAAUGAGAUACCACCUGGAGUACUUCAACACAUACCAGAACAGAUGGACUGUGAUCAGGACUGUACGGACAUGUUACAGGGCUCAGUUUGACCUGGAGAAGGAGGUCAGGGUGCGGAUUUCAACCUUACUGAGGGGAGCCUGCACCAACGGCACUGAGCUGAAGAGCCCCUUCACAGAGAUAGUCCUGCCACCCAAUAACACAGGUACAGUUGACUCCAGGGUCCAGGGAUUUGUCUGUGUGUUCUAUCAGAAGGAGUUCAUGGAGUGCACCUGGGAGACGGGUUUAGAGGAGCCAACCCACUCCAAGCACAGUCUGUACUUUUGGCAUCGGGAGAUGGAGCAGGCUGAGGAGUGCCCUCAGUACAUCCACACCAAUGGGGUCAGGACUGGCUGCACAUUCACCAGGGAAUCUCUCCCAGAAUUCAGUGCUUUUAACAUAUGUGUAAACAGCUCCUCUCCCAAGGUGGCUUUGAGGUCGGCGUUCUUCUCCCUGCAAGUUCAGAAUCAUGUGAAGCCUGCAGCCAUAGAGGCAGUGCAUCUGGAGUCUGGUCUAGAGAGGAGGCUCCAGGUGCAUUGGGAUUUACCCCACGAAAGCAUCCCCAGCCACUGCCUGGAGUAUGAGGUGGAACCCAGAGAAGAGGGCGUAGGCGGGCAGCAGUUGUUUCAGCAGAGGAACGUAACCAGGGAGAUGACCCUCACUUUCCUCUCAAUGGGUGGAGCCCAGAGGAAGUGCUUCCGGGUCAGGUCCAGGGUGCACCAGUACUGUGCUGACAGAGGCUUCUGGAGUGACUGGAGUCGUUGGUUCUGUCAACCAGAGAAACCUCCUGGUUCUGAGUCAGAUGCUGUGGUGGUCUGUGCCCUGGUCAUCAUGGUUAUUAUCUCCAUGGUGAUCCUGUCUCUGUGUGGGUUGGCACUCUGGAGAAAGUGCAAAGCCAGAGAGGGGGAAACUAUACCUUUCUGUCCCCUGCACAAACUGAUGGAAUACUCCAAAGGACUCACUGCUUGUAGUCCUUUUCCCAAUAAAACAAGAAGGAACAAGUAGUAGUAACCUUUGCAAGCAUUACCUGUGGGCACACAAAACCAUGAAGCGAUAGAAGUUACACAGGUGAUUUAAAACACACACACACACACUCUACACACACACACACACACACACACACACAGACACACAUGCUCACACGCACACACACGAACACAAACACAAAAUGAGGAUGAGACAGUAAAGAAGCAUUGUCAUGUUCAAGACAGAAUAAUAUUGAUUUGUACGCUGAUAUUAAUCUCUUAUGUACUGAUGUGUUCAAAGUAAUGUUACUCAAUACAAUAUUAAAUAGUCUUGCCAAACCGUUUACGCAAUGUAAGACUCCAGGCAUUAAGAUACACAGUAUAAACUUUAAAAAAUGCCACAACUCUUUAUACCCGUUUUGUUUACUUGCUACAUGUAUUUCAUUUAAUGUAUUUUAUAUCACAAAUUAUACUUACUGGAGUAAUUGUUUGUAGUAGUAAUCUGAUGCCAUUGUAUAAAGUUGAAUGUAUCUUUUAAGUCCUUUGCAUAGAAUUCCCCAGACUGUUAACAUUGAAUGCGUUCGAUGGUGUUAUGAAGUAAUGUUGUUAUGUCAUGUUUUAUAAAACUAUGCUUCUCCUCUAUACCUAUAAAGAUGUGUACUAUAAAAACAUUUUUUACGG